GGAAAUAAGAUAGUUGUUGCUAGCAGGAGGAAUGGAUGCGAGUUUGUGUCACUUGUUUAUCUGCACUCCGGACAAGAGUAGACGUGAGGGAAAAGAUCCCUUCCUCUGUCACUGUGACAGAAGACAUAAAAAAAAGUUUGUGACCUAGCAACAUUGAGGUAUGUUUUAUUUGUAAAUCACCAUGACACUCGUUGUUUUAAACGACCUACCAAUUUGUGUGCAGUACACCGUGCAUAAUUUUUUAUAGAAUACGUCAAACAAGUAGCUGUAUCGCUGGAUAAUUUUGUGCAUUGUAGUAUUAACAUAAUCAUAAUAAGGCGUUACAACAUUUACCUGAACCACGGAUGCGGUUAUGUUCAUUGAGUACUGAAAAGGCUUCAUUUUACUAUCUCACUAAAGUGCAAAGUUUGCAGUCUCGAGUUUAGCGUGUCAUUGCAUUUUCCAGGCUGUGUCAUGUGAACAAAUUCCUUCCUCAUUGCUCCCAUAUAUAUACUGCAUGUGAUUUCAUUUGUGCUGACUUGCCACUAUAAAUUCUGUAGAAUCUACAGCAACUUUGCAUUUGCCAGAACACUGAAGAUGGGUUUGCAAUGUUGCUUCUUAGCUUGAGAGUGAUUCAGAACUUAAGACCAAAGCAAGAAGGAGUGGAUCAAGAAAAAUUACAAUCUGUCGGCGGACGUGAUCAUCGACAUAAAUGAUUUGGAAUGGAUCUGGAAAAAGAAUGACCCAACAUCCUCCUGUGCAAGUGGUACACAGAGAAAUCUGUCCAAGAUAAUGCUCCCACAACUUAUAUUUAGUUGGCUGGACAAGCACGGCACAAUUCCUAUGUAACGCUGUGCACUGCAACUUACAAAUGGACGGAAGAGCCCCUGCGCACCCCAACCUCAAUUCCACUUAUAUACCUGCUGUCCUUGACAACUCCAUUUCAUCAGAGGAUGAGGAAUGCGAGGAUCAGACUCCAACAGUCCCCCUGGCCGUACGCUACGCGCCCGAUGAUCGCUACUAUUUGGUCUACAUCAUCUUCUUCCUCAUGGGCAUCGGCGCUCUCCUACCUUGGAACUUUUUCGUCACCGCCAAGAGCUACUGGAUUUAUAAAUUGAGCAACACCACAGAGGAGCAGCGGUCUGACCUAAGUGACUACUUUGAAAGUUACCUGACAUUUGCUUCUACGGUGCCUUCAGUGCUGUGUUUGAUUCUCAACUACGUUCUCGUGAACAGGGUGUCUGCAAAUGUGCGCAUCCUGUCAUCCCUCUUGGUCAUCCUGCUGGUGUUUUUGGCGACCACUGUACUGGUCAAGGUGGAUGUGUCCCACUGCAGGCUGGAAUUCUUUGUGGGCACACUGGCCAGCGUGGCUGUCAUCAGUGGAGCUUCUAACAUCUUCUGUGCCAGCAUGUUUGGCAUCAGUGGACACUUCCCCAUGAAGAUCUCUCAAGCGCUCAUAUCUGGCCAGGCUAUGGGAGGCACGCUAAGCGCUGUUGCAUCCCUAGCAGACCUUGCACUGGCAGAGGACGUGACAGAGAGCGCCCUGGCGUACUUCCUGACUGCCGACGUCUUCAUCCUGCUCUGCAUCUUUGCAUACCUGUUGCUCCCUAAGCUGGCCUUCUCAAGAUACUACUUGAUGGCUGCCACAAUCGGCAUUCCAGGAGGAGGAGCAGCACCCACCCAAACACCUCCAUUAAGACACAUUCUCAGGAAGACGUGGGUUCUGGGCUUGAGUGUUUUUGGCGUAUUCUGCGUGACCAUUGUGGUGUUCCCUGCGGUGUUGUCUGGCAUCCAAUCCGUCAACAAGGACAGCGGGAGCCCCUGGACCAACACCUACUUUGUUCCUCUAUCCGCCUUCCUCCUGUACAACGUUGCAGAUUUCUGCGGCAGGCAGUCCACCGUCUGGCUGCAGUUACCGGGCCCCACCAGCCGACUUCUUCCCACGCUGGUUGUGUGCCGCUCCGUCUUGGUACCUCUCAUCAUCUUCUGCAACUACCAGCCCAGGGACCAUCUCCAUAUUGUGCUCUUCACUCAUGAUGUGUAUCCUAUCAUUUUCAACUGCCUGUUAGGCUUCACUAACGGCUACCUGGGGACUCUACCAAUGAUCUACGGACCCAAGGUUGUGCCCCGGGAGCUUGCGGAGGCUACUGGAGUGGUCAUGACCUUCUUCCUCUCUCUGGGCCUCACUGUCGGAUCUGUUAUGUCCCUCGUUAUUGUGCAUGCUAUAUGAUUAUGUACUGUGAUUAUGAAUCACUGAAUCACAGCGAAAAAUGAAAAUGUGUGCGUAAUUGACGCCCACCCUAGCAAGGGUUCCAAUCGUCUAUAGAUGUAAUUUUGAUGCCUCGGCACUAUACUGUAGUGAAUUGAAGGGCCUCAAUUUACUACAGUAUAAUGCCGAGGCACCAAAAUGCCACAAGAUAGUGGCAACAACGCAUUACUUUUAAUGGAUUUGUCUGAACACAAAAGAAAAAAAAGGCAAAUAUUGUUGAUGAGAAAAUAUUAAAUUAAUAUUGAAUUAAAUCUGUGAACGCCGAUAAAUCACACUGUUAAUUCGGUGUGACGUAAGACAAAAGCUUUCGCAUCGAACCAGGGAGGAGAAAUGUCUCAAUGGGUCCAAUUUGCACAAUUUACUCAGGGGUGUGCUCCUUAUUGUGUAAAAAGCUGUUUGUUGAGUUCCUCUGAGAGGACAGUCAAUUUAUGCUGCAAAACAAGCGAUUCCCUGACGGCAUUGUAGCACUACAAGUAACUCUUCUUCAGUCUUGCUUAUGAAUAGAUAAUGAAUUUUUACAAAAAUCUGAGGGGAAUAGACUCACUUUAGAUACUGUAAACAACAUGAGAAGGUACCACAAGUUUGUGCAAUCCACUAUUACUAUAACUCUAUUUGUUAUACUAAUGUCAUCUUAUCCUCAUUGUUUUUAUAUUACAAUGUUAUAGUUCGAUCUUUUCUUUGUGUAAUUUGCCAACAUGUUAUUAAUGUUCUGUGUGGUUUACAAUUGAAAAGUGGGUUCUACUUAAAACGAUGGCCAAGAGAGGGCGCCAAAGGACAACAUUGGGAGUAGUACUGUCUUUACCGAAAUACUUAGAAUACACACAUACCUGACAAUAAUUUUGUAUUUUUAAUAAAUAUGAUGUAAAUAUGUAUAUAUGUUUAUCACUUUUUAAUAGCAGGAAAUAGACCCAAGUUACCGAAGACUACCUCAGUAACGGUCCAAUGUUAAUCAUUAAUCACAUGGUACAAUUGAGUCGCCUAAGUCAGUGUUUCGCAACCUUUUUUUAUUCACGGCACACCUUUUCAUUGGAAAAAAUCUCGAGGCACACCACCAGCAAAAAUCUGUUAAGUGUUACACCAGCUUCGAUAUUAAAAUCAGUUAUAUUACAACAAAAGACGUAAAGUUCUAUUCCUAUAUAUGUAUGGAGAGUCGAAUAAUUGAAUAAAAAUAAAUACUAAACAUUC